AUGUCUCAAUCGCUUUAUUCGUCGCUUUUGCUGGAGUCCAACAAAAUUCGGUUGCUUCGCAUAUUGCCGAAUGAGAACGAGGAGGCCGAUAUCAACUGUACUCUCUUUGUUUACCCACUACAUGAUUCCGGCAAAGGUACUCAUCGAUAUGAAUCUUUAUCUUAUGUAUGGGGAGGUGCAGAUAACUCUCGUUCCAUUUGCGUAAAUGGGCAUAGUUUGACUGUCAGGGCAAACCUUCAUCUCGCCCUCUCACGCCUUCGAGAUCCUGUUUUAGACCGCAUUAUAUGGAUAGAUGCUAUUUGUAUCAAUCAAGAAGACUUGAGUGAGCGAGGUCAUCAGGUUCAGCUUAUGGCGAAGAUAUACAGUAAAGCAAGCCAAGUAGUCAUUUGGCUGGGAGAAGCGGUAGACAAUAGUGAUCGAGCUCUUGAAGAAAUAGUUAUUGCCGCAAGCCAAUCUGAAAUCUCUUCAAAUCAAAUAACGCGGAUGGCAGUUCUUGCACUACUUCAACGUCCCUGGUUUCGGCGCAUUUGGGUGCUACAAGAGGUUGCCGCAGCUCGACACAUCUUGAUCAUGUGUGGUCUUCUUGAAAUCGACGGACAUGCAUUCUGUUUAGGGUUGGACUUAUGGAAGGAAUCUUUCGGAGCUUAUCCAAAGUUGCAAAGAUUGAUUCGUUCCGUAAUUUCCCUCAUGAAGGAAGCAAACUUUCGGCCCAAAUAUGUAAAAAGUAGCUCGGACAAUUUCUCCCUCAAUAUUCGACCUUUAGGCGAGCUGAUCGAAACAUAUUGUACUCGGGAAUCGACCGAUGACCAUGAUAGAGUGUAUGCUUUACUCGCCAUGUGCUCCGAUAAUCCUACCUCAGCAGGCUUACUCCCUGACUACACCAUUCAAUGGGAACAACUCUUUCGGCAGCUUAUCAAGUAUCUUCUAUGCAAAAAAGUCACUGUGAGGUUCCCGCGAGAUAAGAAAAUAGCAGUGAUCAAAAGUAAGGGCUUUAUUCUUGGCGAUGUGGUUUCGGUGAAGGUCGAUGCUGGUUGGAAUGGCACGCAAAUGGUGAAUUUCGAUUUCACUGAUGCUUUUAGACAUUUGCAAAGCAAAACAGGAAUACAAGCUAUUUGGAACAUCCCGAUGACGGGGAAAAGCAUACGGAGGGGUGAUAUCUUUUGUAUUUUACAAGGUGUCUCAAACCCAACGAUUAUCAGACUUUGUGGGGAUCAUUUCUCUGUCAUUGUGAUUGCAGCAACUCCUAUGGAUUUCACGUUAGAAAUGAAAUCAAAGUGGCACAGAACUGCGCGAUCAAUAACAAAUUUCCCAUGCGACUUCCUACUUGCAUGGGACUUGGGGGGGUCUCGGAAGAAGUUAGGAAGUCUGGAAUCUGAGAACUUGAGAGGGCCUGUCAAUUCAAACUCAAUACUCGAGAAUAACUUAGAUACGGAUGAGACUCAAGGGGCGGAGAAAAAUAUAGAAUCAAGCGAAGAGAUACGUGACGGUUUGGAGGCGAAGACUAAUGUAAAGGCGGAGGGCUGCUCAGAAUUGGAGCGGAGUUCAGAGGCGAAGGAGAAUUCCGAUUCUAAUGAGAAUUCCGAUAUUCAUGAGUAUUCGGAAGCAGAUGAGUGUUCGGAAGCAGAUGAGUGUUCGGAAGCAGAGGCGUAUUCAUAUAUGAAUGAGAAUUUAGAAGCAGGAGAGCAUCUAAAUCUGGAUGGUUAUUCAGAGACUGGGUCGAGAAUAUGGGAUAAAGCGAUUAGAAUGCGUAACGUAGCUCUGAUAUGGAAAGAAUUAGGAUGGUAUGUUGAUGCAGAAGAGUUACUUCUGCAAUUGAUACGGACAGGAAAACAACUACAGGGGGUCGAACACCCACAAACACUAAUCAGUAUAGCUGCUCUACAGUUAAAUUAUCGAGAGUGGGGACUCUUGGGAGAGGCAGAAGAGCUAGAAGCAAUGAAGCAUCUCCUUGAGACAGGAGAAAGCGCCGCUCAAGUUUUAGAAGAAGAGGUGGUCAAGAUUGCAUCAUUACGAUAUUGCAAAGCAAUGAAGCUCUUACUCGAGCGGAGAAACGGCCAUAUUCCGAUCACGGAAGAGGUAGUCAAGGCUGCAGCAGCUAACUACUGCUGCGGAACUGAUGUAAUGGAGCUAUUGUUCAGAGAAAGAGAGGACCUAUCAAUUACAGAAGAGGUUGUUCGAAUCGUAGCAGGAAAUAUAAAUGAGGGAUAUAAGAUAGUGAAACUUCUAUUUCGGAAAAGAGGGGAUCAAGUCCCGAUUACACAAGAUAUAAUUAAAGAAGCAGCAGGUAAUAGGCGGGAAGGAUAUCUUAUAAUACAGCUUCUCUUUGAAAAAAGAGGGAACCAAAUUCCGACCACAGAAGAAGUGUUAAAAGCUGCAGCAAGGAAUGGUAAGAGUGGAUGUGAUAUAAUGAAGCUUCUUUUGGAAAGAAAAGGAGACCAAAUUCUGAUCACAGAAGAGAUAGUUAAAGAAGCAGCAGGUAAUAGGCGGGAAGGAUAUCUUAUAAUACAGCUUCUCUUUGAAAAAAGAGGGGACCAAAUUCUGAUCACAGAAGAAGUAUUAAAAAUUCUAGUAGGGAAUGGGGGGUAUGAUCUAGUAACAAUUAUGUCAACUCUCUUUGAGAGGCUAGGGGAUCAGGUUCCUAUUACAGAAGAAGUAUUAGUAAUUCUAGCAGGGAAUGAGUGGUAUGGGACAGUAGAAAUUAUGUCAGAUCUCUUUAAAAAGCUGAGGUAUCAGGCUCCUAUCACAGAAGAUAUAGUUAAAGAAGCAGUAGGUAAUAAGCGGUAUGGAUAUGAUAUUAUGAAGCUUUUCUUUGAAGAAAGAGGGAACCAACUUCUUUUCACAGAAGAGGUAUUUAAAAUCGCAGCGGGGAAUGAGGGGAAAACCGCAAAAGACAUGAUGUCGAUUCUUUUUGAAAGAAUGGGGGAUCAAUUUCCAAUCACAGAGAAGACGUUAGAAGAGAUACUAGAAUUGGCAGCAAAGAAGUGGCAGCCCGAUUUUGUAAAGCGUCUUUCCACAUGGAAACUGAAAGGACAUGGUAACUAG